AUGUUGUCUCGUACUGCAAUUCGCGCUUACAGCUCAAUUCCAAACGGCAUAAAAGUGGCCUCCAAGCAAUCGGUCAAUGACUUGACCAAACUCGCCGUGGUUGUGGACAAUGCCGGUUCCAAGAACGGUAAACACGGAGUAGCACAUUUGUUAUCCAAGUUUGCAUUUGCCAACACUGGAGCCAAGUCGGCGUUGAGAUUCACCAGGGAGUCAGAGUUAUUAGGUGCUACUUUUGAAGGUAAAGUAACCAGAGAUGCCUUGGUUUUGGAAACUGCGUUUUUGAAGCAGGAUUUGCCCUACUUUGUCGAGGCGUUGGGAAAUGUGCUUGCCAACACCCAGUUUACGCCUCACGAGUUCAGCGAAGUUGUCUUGCCUUCAGCUAAAGCUGAAACCAAAUUGAAGCAUGCUGAUUCGCAUUUCGCCGGGUUGGAUAAAUUGCACGAGAUCACAUUCAGAAAAGGAUUGGGCAACCCCCUCUUGUACGAUGGUGCCACGCCAGUUUCCGUUGACGAUGUUGCUGAGUUUGCUCACGAGACUUUUACCGGUGCCAACGUGUCUGUUUUAUCUGCGGGUGCCGACGAGGCGGACUUGACCAAAUUCGUACAAGAAUCGGCUUUUUCUCAAAUCCCACAAGGUGCAACUAAGGCUGCUUCUGCGCCAACUGAUUUCUUCAAGAACCAGGAAGCCAGAAUUCCAUUGGCCGGUGGCAAGUCUACUGCCUUGAUUGGGUUCCCAGUUAAGCCCGCCGAUUUCGGUAAAUACGAAGUUCUUUCCGCAGCAAUUGGCUCAUCAGUCGUGCCUGCGCCAGCCGCCCCAUUACUCCAGAUUCCCGGUGCCGUCUCCCAUUUGUACAAAUAUCGCGAUGCUGGGUUAUUUGUGAUUUCCGUUUCCGGUACAGCUGAAGAAGUUGCUGCUGGUAUCAAACAAGCUAAAAAGGUUGCCGACUCCGUGUCAAGCAGCGAGUUGUCGAAGGCUGUCAAAGCUGCUGAAUUGAGUGUUGUUUUACAAUCUACUGUUGCAUACCCUUUGAGUAUAAAAGUUUCAGCUAGCCAGGCUCCAACCAAGGACUUUAACUACGUUGCUGUUGGUGAUUUAAGCGUGUUGCCUUUUGCAGCUGACUUAUAG